GUGUGAUUUGGUUGUGGUGGUGAAUGGGAGGAAGGAGAAGAUCGCCUCCGGCCUGCUCAACCCCUUCGUGGCGCACCUCAAGGUCGCCCAGGAGCAGAUCGCUAAGGGAGGCUACACCAUCCUGCUCCAGCCGGAUCCGGGGGCCGACGCGCCAUGGUUCACCAGGGGCACCAUCCAGAGGUUCGUCCGGUUCGUGAGCACGCCGGAGGUCCUGGAGCGGGUCACCACCAUCGAGUCCGAGAUACUGCAGCUCCAGGAUGCCAUCGCUGUCCAGAACAAUGCAAAUAUUGGACUCAAAUCUGCAGAAGGCCAUAAUGUGGACUCCUCCAUGGAAGGCAGCAAGACAAGUUAUGAUCCAGAUGGUGAUAAGGCACUCGUCCUGUACAAGCCUGACACACAUCCAGCAUCUCCACUGCAGAAUGACACUGGAGUACACGAGGAGCAUUCAAAAGUUCAGCUUCUCAGAGUGCUGGAGACUCGCAAGACUGUCUUACGUAAAGAGCAGGCUAUGGCCUUUGCACGUGCUGUAGCUGCUGGGUUUGAUAUUGACAACCUGAUAUAUUUGAUCUCAUUUGCAGAGCGUUUUGGUGCUUCACGCUUGAUGAAGGCGUGCACACAGUUCAUUGAUUUGUGGAGGCAAAAACAUGAAACUGGACAGUGGAUUGAUGUUGAACCUGAAGCUAUGUCUGCACGUUCUGAAUUUCCUCCCUUCAAUGCUGCUGGCAUUAUGUUAAUGGGAGAUAAGGAAACAAUGUCUGUCUCUAAUGGAGAUACAAAUGGCGAAGAUGCUGCUAAAGCUGAUCACAGGACACCUCAGCACCCAGGAGCUCCCCAUCAUGGUCCAUAUCAAUCAGGAUAUCCACCAUGGGCAAUGCAUCCUCCUUAUCCCAUGCAAGGCAUGCCACCAUACUACCCUGGGGCGAACCCAUAUUACCCUCCUCCCUACCCCCCAACGGAUGAUCCCAGGUACAACCGUUCAGAAAGGAGACUAUCAAGGAGGCACUCAGCAGAUAGCAAGGACUUUGACAACUCCGAUGAUGAAAGUGAUGACCAAAGUGGUUCAGAGAGGGAGAGUUCUCAUGGCCGCAAGUCGAGUAAAAAGGGCAAUCGCUCGGGCAAGAAGAAAUCUAAUGUAAUUGUCAUACGCAAUGUAAAUGUAACAUCAAGGAAGAAGCAUGGGUCAUCAGAGAGUGAGUCGCAAUCAGGCUCUGAUGUGGCAUCAGAAGAUAGUGACGAUUCACACAGAAAAUCCAGCAAGAGGAAUCAUCAUAAGCGCUCAAGCUCGAAGAAAAAAGGGGAUAAGAAAACCACUGUUGAGUCUGAAGAUGAGUACACCAAGGAUGGAAUGUCUAAUGGGCAGCAAGAUGGAGAUCAAGGAAACUGGAAUGCGUUCCAGAAUUUCUUGCUCAGAGAUGAAGAGAAGACAAGAGAUCAUAAUGACGCGGACAUGUUCGCCAGUGAAAGAGAGGCACCACAACCACCUAGGAGGAAAGAGACCACAAGAAGUAUUGAUGAUCCUAUUCUUUUAUCAGAGCGAGGUUCUGCCGAUGUCAAUGAGCGGCAUGCGAUGUCUUUCAGUUCAGCCAACGGGAGAAUUAGGGCCAGGCAGAUGAUGUCUGGUGAUGAACUUAUGAUGUCUGCGGAAGGUCGGAGCUUUGUGGAUGGUGGCAUGAAGGAGAUAGAAGCUGGAGGUGGAGGAUACAGAAGAGGGGCAAAUGAUGACUUCAUGGUUUAUGGACAGGACAACUCAAUGGACAGGAGGAGCUCCUUGGAUCCCCUUGCCGAGGCGCAUUACAAGAGACCCACUCCUCUAGAGGAAAAGAAGAAUGUGCACAGUAUGGGCGAUGAGUCCUUCAUGAUACCUGUUACCUCCAACUCACAGGAUAAUCUUGGAGCAGCCGGCCGUACUGCCAUUGACAUAGAUGCCGAGCUUGGCUCAAGUGUUCAGAAAACAUCAGAUGCUAAGGCUGGAGCUGAACUUUUCUAUGAGCCAGAUGAGUUGAUUCCAGAGCGUGGAUUUGAAGAUGUUUCAUUUGGAUAUGACCCAUCAAUGGACUAUGACAGCCACAUGCAGAUUCAGCAUGACGUCAGCGUUGAAGAUGCAAAUGCAGAGGAUUUAUCCGUUUGUGUUGAGGGUGAAGAAAAGAUGCCGGGGAAAGAUAAGAAGCUUAGAGGUUCACAGGAGGGCGUGGAUAAAAGAAGGAAGGAUGCCUCAGCAAGGAGAUUGUCAGCGCCCAAAGGACCACUAACUGAUGCACAGAAACGUGCGCAAAACCUACGGGCGUACAAAGCGAGCCUUCAAAAGGAAAAGAAGGAGCUGGAAGCGGAGCAGAUGAAACGGCUGGAAAGGCUUAAGCAAGAGAGGGAAAAGAGGAUUGCUGCAAGAAGCGGCGCAUCGAAUCCCCAGAAAACCACAGCUAAAGCAAGCGCAGUGAGCAAGUCAACCUCAUCCUUGGCUGAGAUGAAAAAGGAGAAAAGUGGCGGCACAGCCGAAUCCUUGAUUGAGCGAUUGAAAAAGCUUGCUCAACCUAAAACCAAUGCUUCAACUUUGAACCCCAAGUCAGCGACCGCGGACCACCCACGGAGAAGAAGCUUGCCGCAAUAAGGUCCUUGUGCUUUGGGGAGUAUUUAUUUGGUUUUGUUGACUGAUUGAUGAGCCAAUAAUUCGAUUUGUAUUGAUUAAAAUUUUUUGGUCUGUUGAUUUCUAGUACAUAAUCUACACAUUGUUGUAUAUUACGACGGAGUUGUUUGUAAGCAGUUUGUUUGUAUAAUCUGUCAUUUGCGUUGUAUUACAAUCUACACAUUAAUUCUAGUAUAUACUUGUGGAUUGGACAUA